AUGAUUCUCCGGUGUGUUAUCGGUGUAGCAGCGCUGCUUCGGCUUGCAACUGCUUACGCUAUUCCCUCCAACGACGGGUUCCCAGCACCUGAUGAUCAACAGCUGCUCCUAAUCGAGACACAAGCGGGCGGCGUGCUAUCAGACGAGGCACCUCCACCAAAGUUGAGCGAGGGUGCAAUCGCAAAUUUCCAACUCAUCGCUUUCAAUGAGCAAUUCGAAGUCGCAUUUUUCUCGUCUCUGAUAGAAAACAUCACCAACAAUGUUGAGGGCUACCAAUCGGUUCCCGGGAUGGCAAAUACUGGCGCAUUACUAGAGAUUUUGAAAAAUGUGAAAGCUCAAGAAGAGCUUCAUGUAAUAAGCGCCAAGGACGUGUUAAAGCAUUUUAAUGCUUCGCUCGUCCCUGAACCAUGCGAAUACAAAUUCCCAACCACCGAUCUGGAAUCGGCACUGUCGCUGGCCGUGACGUUCACGAGUGUUGUUCUCGGUACGCUCGCCGAUGCAGAAAAGUCAUUUGCGGACAAUGGUGAUGCAGGUGGUGUUAUCCGUCAAGUCGCCUCAAUUAUUGGCCAAGAAGGGGAGCAGAAUGGGUUCUAUCGAUUCAUGUUGAAGCGCAAGCCUUCCGACAAACCAUUCUUGACGACGAAUACCGGAGCAUUCGCAUACUCGGCACUGCAGCAGUUCAUCGUGUCGUGCCCGUUUGACGUCAAUGCCAUUCCUAUACCAAUAUUACCGCAGCUCCAGGUUCUCACAAAACCGGAGGCCAAAGACAUGACCUUGAGCUUCGCAGCCGACCUCAGUCAAUCCGGAUUGGCUGUAGGAGAUAUCAAAGAGGAAGGGCUUUUCAUCACAUAUCUCACGGGGCAACAAAUUCCGAUCUCAGAACCAAUCAGCAAUGUUCAGGGCUUCGGUAGUAUGAUCAGUUUCGAGGCCAAAUUCCCGUACGCAGGGAACAUCAUGGAGGGUCUUAGCAUUGCCGCUUUGACGAACUCAUCUAAAUUCGCAGACGCGGAUGACGUGCCUGCUAACACUUUGGCAGCGCCAGGACUAAUCGAGGUUAAUGAGAUGUUACACGGAUACUGA